CCACCUCGCUUAGCGUAGCGCGUGCCUCUGCGCCGUUGGACGUCCCUGCUGCGUCAGUUACUAACGCCUGCACGUUUUGUCUCAGCCAUUGUCUUAUGUUGUGCAGGAUGAGCGCGCCGCUGAAAGUUUGCAUCGUCGGCUCAGGGAACUGGGGAUCAGCUAUUGCCAGGAUAAUUGGCACCAAUGUGCAGAAAGUGCCAAAGUUUGCCCCCACUGUAAACAUGUGGGUGUAUGAAGAGACGGUGAAUGGAAAGAAGCUGACAGACAUCAUAAACACGGAUCAUGAGAAUGUCAAGUACCUGCCGGGGUACAAGCUGCCACACAACGUGGUGGCAAUUCCAAGCCUGAAGGAUGCAGCAAAGGAUGCAGACGUGCUGGUGUUUGUGGUGCCACAUCAGUUCAUCCGAAAACUGUGUGACGAGAUGGUUGGCACUGUGUCGAGGAGGGCUCUGGGCAUUACACUGAUCAAGGGAAUAGAUGAAGGCCCAGAGGGACUCAAGUUGAUUUCCGAUAUCAUCCGUGAGAAAAUGGGAAUCGAUGUCAGCGUGCUGAUGGGGGCCAACAUUGCAAAUGAAGUAGCAGCAGAGAAAUUCUGUGAAACAACAAUCGGUAGCAGAAACAAAGAAAACGGUCUUUUGUUCAAAGAACUGCUGCAAACCCCCAACUUCCGAAUAGCAGUGGUAGACGACGCAGACACAGUGGAGCUUUGUGGGGCGCUGAAGAACAUCGUUGCAGUGGGCGCUGGAUUCUGUGAUGGGCUGAACUGCGGAGACAACACAAAGGCAGCAGUCAUCCGCCUUGGCCUAAUGGAAAUGAUAGCGUUUGCAAAGCUGUUCAGCAAAGAUGGAUCAGUGAGCUCCGCCACAUUCCUGGAAAGCUGUGGCGUUGCUGACCUCAUUACUACGUGCUACGGAGGACGUAAUCGCAAAGUAGCAGAGGCCUUUGUGAAGACUGGAAAGACCAUUGAAGAGCUUGAGAAGGAAAUGCUAAAUGGACAGAAGCUGCAAGGACCUCAGACCUCAGCAGAAGUUUAUCGCAUCCUGAAACAGAAAGACAUGGUUGACAAGUUCCCUCUGUUCACCGCCGUACAUCGGAUCUGCUACGAGGAGAAGCCCGUCCAGGAGGUGAUCUCCUGUUUACAGAGUCACCCUGAACACAUGUAAACCACACUGUGAGGACCCUCGUUCCCACUCUGGUGCUGCAUUUGAUCCACGGCCAGACAAGGAGCCAACAAAUAAUGGAAUCUUCAAAUCCACAGGGAGAACAACUGUAUGCUAAAGGCAAAGGGACACUAGGACAGCCAGCGGCUUUUCUCUUCUCUUCUCAUCAAAUCUUUUGUUCAUUUGGACCCGUUAAGUGCAUCAGCAGGCAGGUCCAUUCUACUGCAGGAGGGUCCUUGGGUGACCCAGACAAACUGGCACAGAUGCUGCUCUGCCUAUUUUUGAAUUCUUUUAGAUACGAUUUGUAACUUAAACAGGAUAAGCUCUAAUUAUUGGUGGAGGCCCACAGAAAUACUUGACACCUAAAGUUUAUCAUUCCUAGAAGUAAACUCAUUCGAGUGGUAAAGCGUGUGGUGCAAUAGCACCGAUUUAAAUGGGUUUGUCUGCGGGUGACUCAGUUAGGGCAGAGGGUACCACUUGACCCCCCGAUUUACUGUCCACACACUAAACUAACGCGCAGCCGUUUUCUUAGCUUCAUUCAACUUGAUUUAAAGCAUGACAUUGAGUUUCACUAAAUUAGUAAAUGUAACCGACGACAGCUGUGACAAGCAAGUCUGCUGGGAGUCACACGUACCCACCAUUUACAAUGACUUUAUUGUUAGUUUGUGGAACAGCAGACACUUAAAGAAGUUGGAGUUGACAAGAUCAAAGACCAGAGAGCAAACAGCAAGGGCCGUUAGUCACCAAGUCCACAGAACUUCAGUCGGCGUUAGUGAGUUAGAAGUGGACGGUGGAAUACAAAAGGGAACUUCAGGUAUGAACUUGGGAGACCCCCGUGUCACUCGACUGCCAUUUAUACGGUCCUAAUGAGUUAGACAUGCUGGUACAAAAUGUCAGCUGCUUUCCGUUUGUAAACUAUGCCUUGUAAUACUAAAGUGCGUACUCUAAAGUGACAGACAUGUCUUUUGUAAUAAACCUAAUAAUCGUGUUCUCUUUUA